GCUUUAAUUUCGUUACUUGCGCACGCAAUUUGUUUUGCGGCUAUUUUACGAAAACAAAUAUGUCACAAUUUCAAAAGGAAAUCGUCCAGGCGGUUCUCAUAGCCGACAACAAUGUGUGGAACUUUAAACCGCUAUCCGACGAAGGCUCCACGGCGCUGCUGCCGCUGGUGAAUGUAAGCAUGCUUGAUUAUGCUUUAAUUGCGCUAAAUCGCAGCGGCGUCGAGGAGGUAUUCGUCUAUGCUAGCCUAUAUCUGCAAGAUAUACGCGAGCACAUCAAACGGGGCAUAGCCGCAUAUGCCUCCUGGUCAUUCAAGAUGACCGUCCAUGUGAUUGGCGGCGAGGGCUGUCGCUGCUUUGGCGAUGCGAUGCGCGAUCUGGAUGCCAAGGCGCUGAUCCGUGGCAAUUUCAUACUGCUGGGAGCGGACACAGUGACCAAUGCGGAUCUGCGGCCCGUACUGGAGCAGCACAAGCGCACGGCCAAAUUUGAUAAGGGCACGGCCGCCACGCUCAUAUUUAAGGAGUGCGCCAGCGGUGCCGAGCGCACCGGCAACGAGCUGCUGAUUGCCGUGGACAAGCAGAAUACACGGCUGGUCUAUCACCAGCGAUUGCGCGCCAAUCACAAGGAGUCGCGCUAUCAGAUACCGCUCGAUGUGUUCCUCAGCAAUUCGUGCGUUACGCUGCAUCACAAUCUGCUCGAUCCGCAGAUUGCAAUUGGUUCGCCCUCGAUGCUGUCGCUGUUUAGCGAUAAUUUUGACUUUCAGACGCGCGACGAUUUCGUGCGCGGCCUGCUCAUCAACGAGGAGCUGCUGGACAGCCGCAUCUAUGUGACACUGCUGCCGCCGGCACAGUACGCGCACAAGGUGAACAAUUGGUUAUCCUAUCAGCUGGUCAGCCGGGACAUUAUAAGCCGCUGGGCUCAUCCGCUGGUGCCCGACAUGAGUGUCUAUAAUCUGCAGCAGCAGUAUGUCUUCUACAAGGAUAACAUCUACAAGAGUCACGAGGCGAACGUAUCCAAGGUGGCGCUGCAGGAGAAUGUUGUCAUACAGGCGGGCAGCCAUGUGGAUGCCGGCACCAGCAUCAGCUGCAGCGUAAUUGGCGCCAAUUGUCGCAUCGGCAAGAAUUGCCAGCUGAACAAUGUGUUCCUUAUGGCCAAUGUGAUUAUACAUGACAAUUGCCAGCUGCGGCACUGUGUCAUCGGCUCCAAUUCGGUUAUCCACGAGAAUUGCAACAUUAGCGCUGGCUGCGUGCUGGGCGCCAAGUGUGUGCUGCCCGCCAACACAAAGCUGGCCAACACGCUGGUCACCAGCUCGCCCAGCACACAGCGCACCGAGGAGCAGGAGCAUGUUGAACUGGAGGCCAUUGGACCGUCUGCUUAUAUUGUCAACGAUUUGACAACCGGCGAUCCCGAUGAUUCCGAUGCGGAAGACACUUUGCUGCCACAAACAACGACCCUCUGCAUACCCAAAAUGUGUGAGCUGCAGCAGCUGGCGAACGUGGACAGUGACUGCAGCUCUUCCAGCGAAGAUGAGGACGAGGAUGAAUCACGUGGCGCCACACCGCUGCCCGAUGACACCAACAUCUUUCUAUCGGAGGUCAUCGAUUCGUUGUCACGUGGCUUUCGGGAAAAAUCGAAUCCAGAUUUCCUCAUACUCGAGAUUAACUCGUCGCGCUAUGCGUACAACAUGUCACUCAAGGAGGUCAAUUUCAAUGUCGUCAAAGCUGUCUUCGGCAUGCAGUCCAUCGUCGAACCGCCCAACAAUAAUGUGUUGGCGGCCAUCAAUGCCGUCUUCAAGCAACUGGGACCUGUUGUCUCCAACUAUAUUAAGAGCGAGGAUGCCAUGCUGGAUUGCCUGAAGGCCUUGGAGGACAUUUGCGAAGAGAACGAGCUGGUGCGUGAGAAAAUCUCUCAGGUAGUGCAUUACCUGUACGACAAAGACUUCGUCUCCGAGGAUGCCAUUCACGCCUGGUACAGCCAACUGGAUGUUCAGGAGCACGCAACGCUGCGGCAAAGUCUCGCCAAGCUAGUCGACUGGCUGAACCAAUCCAGCGAAGAUGAUGAUGACGGAGACGAUGAUGAUGAUGAUGAUGAUGAAUAGACCAGCUGACACAACUGUGUUCCUUUACAUAGAAUGAAAUAAACUAUUUAAAUACGA